AUGGAUUUUGCUUCAGGAUUUUUUGGCGAUAUUGCUCAUGGUUUGCGUGUUUUGAAUCUGGUGGAUACUCUAUUGGUUAUUGUUGUAGGUGUUGGGAUAUACUUGGCAGUAAAUGGCGAAAGUGCAAAGGCUUUAUAUGGAUUACUUCCAGGGACAAAAUGUGAUAGUGGGUCUUCUGGAAAGACAAGUAAAUCUGCAUUUGGUUGGUUAUCCAGUAUUAUUAAACAAAUCAGAGAUGCUUAUGUCGAGGGAACUUUAGUUUCUUUAUUAAGUCGUUGGACAGAGUCAUGUGUAAAGAUUGUUCGUUUAGCAAUAACAUGCUACUUACUUGAAGCAAUAUCGCAAAGUAGACGUCAUUACUUCUAUUUAUUGGAGAAGAAGUUUUUAAAAUUAGAAAUACGUAAGGGUGAAACUGAGAAAGAGAGUUAUGUUGAUAUUAAGAAGCACUUACAACGCAAGGGAGUAUGGCCAUAUAUGCAAGAGGUAUCACAACCAAGAUCUGAUAAAGUACUUUGUGAAGGUUAUGAGGCAACUCCUAUGAGCUCUUAUAGCUAUUUAGAUUUAGUUUAUGAUGAACGUGUACAGAAGAAAGCUAUAGAAGCAGCUCAGCAAUAUAGUACUGGUUCACAUGGCCCACGUAUGUUGGGUGGAAAUACACCACUUUUACGAGAAUUAGAGAAGGCAGUUGGUGAGUUCUUUGGUAGGGAGGAUUCUUUAAUUGUAGCAACUGGUUAUAUGGCAUGUAUGGGCGCUGUAUGUGCCAUUUACAAGAAAGGUGAUGUAUUUUUUGGUGAUGAUCGGCUCCAUGCCAGUAUUAGAGCUGGUUUUAAGGUAUCUGGUGCUAAAGUGUAUUUCUUUAAACAUAAUAAUAUGGCGCACUUAGAACAACUUGUUAAGCAAUACCGUCGCAAAUAUCGAGAUGCUUGGAUAUUUAUUGAAUCAGUCUAUAGUAUGGAUGGUGAUAUUGCUCCACUUCCAGAUGUACGCAGUAUUGCUGAUAAAUAUGAUAUGAAGAUCUGCAUUGAUGAAGCUCAUGGAAUGGGUGUAUUAGGUAAAAUGGGACGCGGCCUAGAAGAACACUUUAAUAUGCCAGGAGCAGCUGAUGUAAUUGUUGGGACUUUUUCUAAAUCAGCAGCAGGUGUUGGUGGUUAUAUUACUUCAAACAAGCUUUUUGUUGAUUUUUUGGAUUUCCAUACACCAGGUAAUACAUUUUCAGCAGCAUUACCAGCAUAUUGUGCUGGUGGUGUAUUGGAAUCAUUAAGAAUCAUAUCUAGUGAACCUGAGAGAGUUGAGAAGUGCCGUAGGAAUUCUCUUUAUUUGCGUAAUCUCAUAAAAUCUGGUGGUGGAUAUUGGCCAGCUGAUUAUCCAGAAGAUAAGAAGUAUACUGUUGAGGGCGAUGAUUGUACAUCUGUUAUUGCUGUUGUAUUUAAGGAUGACAUACUCAGAGUCAUUGAUGUCGCACACGAAAUGCUUAAAAGAGGAUGGCUAUUAUCAUGUGUUGCAUUCCCUGCAUGUCCAUUAAGGUUUCCUAGAUUUAGAGUUACUGCAAGAGCAGGAUAUACUCAGCAACUCAUGGAUAAUUUCGUUAAAGAUUUGGUUGAAUGUAGUGUUGCUUGCCCAGGGUCGGAAUUAACUGAUUCAAUGUAA